UGAAAACACAACACUUCGAGUUUUCUAUAACUCUUUCCGUUUGUCAUGUUUUUUUUAAAGCAACAUUUCGCACUAGAAGUUAUUUUUUGCCCUCCCAGCGUGUUGGAUUUUUUCUAAAUGUGUAGUUUGGUCGGCUACCAAAGUCGAGUUGUAUGCUGUUCUUUUACCGAGAAGCACCUCCUUCUUUGGUUCCAGUGGUGCAACGAUUAUCUCGAGCAUGUCUCAUUUUUUCUGGAUUUUUUCUCCGGUUAAGCUUCCCCGAUGCUUCCGCUCUUGACUGAGAUGUUUUCCUGACUUAAAGUUCUCAACUUGAUAAAAGCUUUCCUGAGAAUCACUGACCCGACGGCGCACAAUGGCUUCCAAUAUAAGCGUGGACCAUCAGUUUCCUCACAAAUUGACAGUCACGGUGGUUCGAGCCAAAAACGUCACCAAGGGAGCGCUCGGCGACCUUUUGGACACCCCGGAUCCAUACGUGGAGCUGUUCAUCCCAACGGCCCCAGAGAGCAGAAAGAAGACGAAGCACAUAGACAACAACAUCAAUCCGGAAUGGAACGAGACCUUUAACUUCAUAAUAGACCCCAACCAGCAGAACGUCCUAAAGUUAACAUUGAUGGAUGCCAACUAUGUAAUGGAUGAGAAGCUUGGGACUGCGACCUAUGACAUCACCCAGCUCAGAGUGGGCCAGAAAAAGAUGGAGUCUUUCCUCAUUGGAAAAGUAACCCAGGUUUACUUAGAGAUGUUACUGGAGAUCUGCACUAAACUGGACCUGCGGUUCAGCCUGGCCCUGUGUGACAAAGAGAAGCAGUUCAGACAGACCCGCAGAGAGAGAGUGAUGCUGGGCAUCAAGAAGUUGCUGAACAUGGAGAAGCCUUGUUUCCUCCCCAGCGCUCCAGAUGAGGUACCAGUGAUAGCCAUAGCGGGCUCAGGAGGCGGUUUCCGUGCCAUGGUAGGCUUCUCAGGUGUGAUGAAAGCCUUGUUUGAGUCUGGCGUCCUUGAUUGUGCAACAUACGUCGCCGGACUCUCCGGAUCUACAUGGUACAUGUCCACUCUCUACUCCCAUCCAGAGUUUCCAGACAAGGGCCCAAAGCACAUCAAUGCAGAGCUGAUGAAGAGGGUUAGUAGUAACCCGUUGAAGCUCUUGCUGCCUCAACACAUCACCAACUACAUCCAGGCCCUAUGGACCAAAAAGGCUUCCGGGCAACCUGUUACCUUUACGGAUAUCUUUGGUAUGCUCAUAGGAGAGACGCUUCUACCUGCGAGGAUGGACAGCAAACUGAGUGGCAUUCAGGAGAAAAUAAACCAGGCACAGAGCCCCCUUCCUCUCUUCACAUGUCUGCACGUCAAGCCAGAUGUUUCAGAGCUCAUGUUUGCAGACUGGGUGGAGUUCAGCCCGUAUGAAAUUGGGAUGGCAAAGUACGGAACCUUCAUGACCCCCGACUUGUUUGGAAGCAAGUUCUUCCUUGGAACCGUUGUUAAGAAAUACGAGGAGAAUCCUAUUCAUUUUCUGAUGGGUGUGUGGGGCAGCGCCUUCUCAAUUCUGUUCAACAGAGUCCUGGGAGUCAAAGACACAGUCGGUCUCAGCACCAUGGAGGAGGAGCUGGAGCAGAUCAAGCCACAGCACAUUGUGGGAGAAGACAGCAUGGACAACGACGAAGAACCACGUAAAGGUGGGACAGAGAACCAGAACGCAGAAGAGGAGUACAAUCUUACUGCUCAGGCCAGCUGGGUUCAACGAAUGUUCACAUCACUCUUCAGUGACUCGUCCUUAUUCAACACAAGAGAGGGCCGGGCCGGAAAGGUGCAUAAUUUCAUGCUGGGCUUGAACCUGAACACCAGCUUUCCAUUCUCUCCUGGCAAUGAAGUCACUUGCAACGCCACCACGCCUGAAGACGAGGUGGAUAACGUGACAGACCCCGAUGAGUUCAAUCGCAUUUACGAACCUCUCGAUGUGAAGAGCAAGAAGAUUCACAUAGUGGACAGCGGCCUGACCUACAACCUUCCCUAUCCUCUCAUCCUGCGGCCGCAGCGAGGGGUCGACCUCAUCAUCUCCUUCGACUUUUCUGCACGACCCAGCGACUCCAGCCCCCCGUUUAAGGAGAUCCUGUUAGCAGAAAAGUGGGCCCGAAUGAACAAGCUUCCGUUUCCCAAAAUCGACCCCAAGGUCUUUGACCGCGAGGGUCUGAAGGAAUGCUACGUCUUCAAACCAGAGCGAGGCCAGAGGAACUGUCCGACGGUCAUCCACUUCGUCCUGGUCAACAUUGACUUCAGAACAUUCAAGGCUCCUGGUGUUCCCAGGGUGACAGAGAUGGAGAAGGAAUUUGCUGAUUUCGACAUCUUUGACGAUCCAGAGUCACCAUUCUCCACUUUUAACUUCCAGUACUCCAACGAGGCCUUCACCAGACUCCAUGACCUCAUGGAGUUCAACACUCUCAACAACCUGGAGGUGAUAAAAGAAGCCAUCAAGGAUUCCAUCACGUCCCGAAAGGAGAAUCUAUCGAGCCUCCCACUUUCCUUCUCCCUCAGUGCGAUCCCGAGAAAGAAGUUACACAAAAGAGAAUCUCAGGCAAAGCCCUAGAAUAAUGGGAAAUGACCAAUAGCCUGAUCUAAGACUGUUUAGAUAGUGAACUCUCAGUCUUAAAAAAAAAAGUGUUUUCUUUUUGGAAAAUGCUAUCAUGCGGAUCUUUUUUCUCUUGGGUGCAUUCCAUUGGUAUACAACAAAACAGUUGCAGUUCCAUCCGGCAUCAUUUGCACAAACGUGACUUCUGUGGGAACUCUUAAUAUCAGUUGACCACAUGCGGCAGAAUUUCUCCUCUGGAUCUGAGAAUCAACACUUCCCCGAUGCUGCAGGGUGACUAGAGUGUUACAGCUAGCUGCUCCAUCACCAACAGCUGGAGAUCCCAAACUACGCCGUCGCUUAGUUCUUCAAUAGUGAACGCAACGUCUGCUUCAGACGUGCGUGUUCAUUCACUCCACCCGAAUGCAUCAUGUGAACUCUUCCACUCCAGUUGCAACAUUACCAUUUCAUGUGUGUGCGCCUGGAGAAAAGCUGCAUUUGCAUUUGUACUGUGACUCAGCCAUGUGUAAAUUUGGCUUGGUGCUGCGUUAAUGCAAUGUAGGUAACCCGCUCUGUGUCUUUAACUGUUUGUCUGUCGAGCCAUUUCCAUAUUGACGACAGAAUAUGCAAAUCCCGGAGUUUUUAUUUUUGUCUUUGUUUGGUUUGAUGGCUGGCUCGUUCAGACAUGUUCCCCUUUUUAAAAUACACGGAGGAGUUUGUAACCAUUGUUUUUGUUUGAUGGAAACUCCUCGACACGCCAAGUGCACGCUCUUUGAAUACUUCAAACAUCUCAAUGGUGCUUGCACCUACAGGAAAAGAGCACUCCCUGCUGCCCUUUAGGGAGUGUCUCGUAUCAAAGCCACCAUUUUGUAAAAACAAAACUUAAUGCCAUAGCAACGGGCCCACUUACUCUCUCCCCCUCUCUUUUUUUCAGCUUAAGGUGUGUUUAUUUUCCCUGAUCACGUGCUUUCAGGCUAUAUUUUAGACAAAGGAACGGGUUCUUUGCGGUCCCCAUCUAACACGCCACGAUGAUCGGUCGGACUGGGUGGAACUGGUGAGUGCGAUCAAGAGGCACGCUGGGACCCAGUGGAAUGUCACACCUACACCUGCAGCCACGGAAGCCUUGAAUCGGACACACUACACUACCUGCAGGAGGCCGAAAGCCGUGGAAUUUUAAGCCCUCCCAACCCCUAUAUGCUCAUAUUUCUGUCCCACUGGUUUGGAAGACACUGCACUCUUCAUGACCCCAAAAAACGUUUGCCAAGACCCUUUGUGCUUAUCUUUUUUUACUCACUUUUGGUCAUUUGACACCACCUGUCUGUUACAUACUAGUUAGUGAAGGUCUUGACGUCACGUUUGAUCCGGUCUCUUUCUCAAGUUUCUAAACCAUAGUUCGUGGUGGGGCCAGUAUGUGUUUGAGAGACCCACACACAAGGCGGCUGGGGAUGGACUUUCAUGGAUUUUUUUGUCUUCAAAAAAAAGACAAAGAUCAAAGGCUUAUUUGCUGUCUUCUCAAGUGUGAUCAUGUAAUCUGAUGCUAUAUGUUGUUCCAGUGGUUUUCUUUAAGUUAACACCUGUGACCUAUGAGACAAAUAUGAGUGUUACUGAUAUUUACACCAAUUAAGCACAUUGUCACACAUGUUUGAGUACUCAAAUAAAGUUUUACUGAAAGAAAAAAAAGCAUACAUCUUUUUGCAUGACAUCUUGUCAAACUCAGCGAGCUAAGACUUUUAUUUUAGCUGUGGUUAUUGUGAAAGCGUCUUUAUUAAUGAAUUCAUCUGUAUUCAUCUUUGACAACUUGAUAAUUUGUCCCAUUCCAAUGUUUACAAAUGUUAAAGAUGCUCGAUGGUCAGUCCUGUGAUCGUCUACUGGCAAAGUACACCAUGUAUCAUUUGUAUGUGCAUCAUUAAAAAGGGCAAA